AUGGCAGGAGACCCGCCACACGACAACCCACAGCGGCAAGCCAGAAAUUUACCGCGAGGGGUGUUGGCAGACAUCAAAGAUGCGGCACGGAAAGCAAUCGUGCAAAUUCCACCGGCAGGAGUUCCAGAAAGCAUCUACACUGAAAUCAAGCAAGGUCCUUCAGAGCCCUUCACUUCAUUCAUUGACCGCCUCACUCAGGCAGUGGACAGGCUAGUGAAUGAUGAAGGAGCAAAGCCUUGCUUGCUCCGAAGUCUUGCUUUUGCAAACGCUAAUGCAGAAUGCAAGCGGAUCGUCAGUGCCAUGCCAGAUCAACCCUCUCUGGCAGACAUGGUGGAAGCAUGCAGCAAGAUCGGGAAACUUCAGGAGCAGCGUGAACAACAGCCGCUGCGCCGGGACACAAAUAGCAGCUGCAAUGCCAACAGUGCCAACCAACAACUGCAACCAGCCACCAGCGGGAGCCUCGGCAUGGACGUGGCAGCCGCAGUAGACGUCACUAUAAUGACCACGCACCCUCACAAGAUCCCCACUGGACUUAUUGGACCUAUUCUAAUUAAUGGACAACCAUCUCUCCCUUCCCUUCCAGGCUGGACCAUGCCCCCGACCCGCCCUCAGCCCCAAGCAGGGCUGCCCCGUCCCUGCCCCCGGGCAUCUCACCGUGGUCUCGCCUUCGCCCAGCUCUGGCCGUCAUGGCUGGGGCGCUGCUGGGCAGGCAUCAGUGCCUGGGGCUGGGGUGGCAUCGCCGGCCUUUGGCUGCGCCUGUGCCGAGCCUGGCCCCGACCCCGGCCCCAGCCCCGGCCCCUGCUCCGGCCCCGGCCCCAGCCCCGGCUCCUCCCAGGGCCCGCAGGGGACACAGGCACUGCGGUCACUCCCGCCGCCUCCGCUGCGGCUUCCCCGGCCCGAGCUCCUCCGCUCGGCAGCGCGGCUGCCGGCCCUGAGCCGCCGCUGUCCCAUUGCCAGGAGCGAACCCCUGGGGAUGCCCAGCCCAGGCCACUCGAGGCACCCUCAGGGGCCGUUCCUGGCCCCGGGCCGAGCGCUGACAGCCGCGUCUCGCCGGCAGGGAAGGCGCAGCAGCCCCUCCAGGAGCAGAACCGCCUGGGGUCACUGCUGGGCCGCGGCGGCUUCGGCAGCGUCUGGGCAGCCACACGGAUCUCAGACCGUGCCCCGGUGGCCAUCAAAAGGGUGCCACGGAACCGCAUCCAGCACUGGGGCAAACUGCUUAACGGCACCAGCGCAUCACUGGAGAUCGUGCUGCUGCACAAGGUCUCCACUGGCUUCCCUGGUGUCGUCCAGCUGCUGGAGUGGAUGGAGCUCCCCAAUGACAUCGUCAUUGUCAUGGAGCGCCCGGAGCGGUGUCAGGACCUCCAGCACUUCAUUUGGGCACGGGGGUUCCUGAGCGAGGAGGUGGCACGGGAGCUGUUCCGCCAGGUGCUGGAGGCCGUGCGGCACUGCACCAGCUGCGGGGUCCUGCACCGUGACAUCAAACCAGAGAACAUCCUGGUUGACCUGGCCACUGGGCAGGCCAAACUGAUUGAUUUUGGCUGUGGCACCUACCUGCAGGACACAGCCUACACACGCUUUGCAGGAACACCAUCAUACAGCCCCCCGGAAUGGAACAACUAUGGCUGGUACUAUGGACAGCCAGCUACCAUCUGGUCCCUGGGCAUCCUGCUGCACCAGAUGGUCUGCGGGGAGCACCCUUUCAGGAGGGGCCACAGGAUCACCUGGGACCAUCAGCUCUCGCUGCCACCACGGCUCUCUCAAGAGUGUCAAGAUCUCAUCAGGCGGUGUUUAUCCAUUCAUGAUGUGGACAGGCCUUCAGUAGAAGACCUGUUCUGUCAUCCUUGGAUGCAGGAUAUUCAUCUGCCAUAGAAGAAGGGACAGAGCCACAGGCACACUGAUGCAGGGCUCUGGGAAGGAGAAGGAGCCCCUGGAGAAGCUGUACCAGGUGGGGCUGCUGCUACUGGAGACAGCCAGGACGACAUCAAGGAUGACAACCUCUUCCUUGACCAGGCCACCACAAAGCUGAAGCUGAUGGACAUCGAUUCUGGCACCUUCUUCAAAGCCAGGCUCCACAGCGAAUUUGCAGAUGAGUGCACACACAGGGGGAUGCUCCCAGAUUUGGGAAUGGCACAGCCUGGCUGGGAAACAAAGGUUUCCCUUUGCUGGGGUGGAUGCAUUUGAUUCUCCAGUGGGCUGCCAAGCUGCUUUUUAUCAGGGCUGGGGGCAUGGGCUGGGGUGGGUAUGAAAUGGGAGUGGGCUCCUGGCACUUCCAACAGCCCCCACAACCCACCGUGCCCUGAGCUAGGGCUGAGGAUGGGGCUGGAGCUGCCAGCCUGACACAAACAAACCCCCAUGGCGGGAGCAGAGGUGGGACUGCAGCACCUGUGCACAGCUGCUUUCCUUUGCAGGCAAGGAAGGGCUUGGGCUGUUCCACUCCCCUUGUUUGCUUUUUGGGGCAGUGCAGCAGGGAAGGGAGAAAGCAUGGGCUUCCCUCACUGGUGGGUGGGGUUUUUCCCUUGCAUGUCAGGGUUGGGCCUUCCUCAAGGCCCUGAGAGAAACAAGAUUUUUUUACCUUUCCCCUCAUUUCCCCUUUUUGUCUGUAGUCUAUUUUUGUUAAUUUGCUGUUUGUUUUUCUAAAGGAAGCGUUCUAGGUGGUGUCCAGUCUGGAUCAGGAAGUGCUUGGGACCAGCUGUGCCAUGGAUGGGCCGUGCCCUUGGAGAAGGCUGAGGACAUCGUUUGGGAGCAGCUUUUCUUCCAGCGGCAGAUGG